AUGAAUUGGGUAAAGAACGUGGCAUACUCUGUUGGUGUUGUCACUGUCACCAAAAGAUCGAACAGUUAUCUUAGUGGUUUCGUGUAUAAAGUUGUACUGAUGUGUGAUCAUGGCGGCAAAUAUAAACAGAAGGGUUCAAUUAGAGCUCCCCGCACAAGAAAAACUGACUGUCCAUUUGAAUUAGAAGUGAAAUAUUCAGAUGAAUAUAAUUAUUGGACUUUAGCAGUCAUAUGUGAUGAACAUAAUCAUCGCCCUUUACAAAGUAUGGAGGGUCAUCCAUAUGCACAGCGGUUAACUCAAGAUGAGUUUAGUUUGGUUGAAGAAUUGACAGCGAUGAAUAUGCCCCCACGUGAUAUUUUAUCAAUCGUUAGGGAGGGGAAUCUAAGUAAUGUGUCUACAAUUAGUACGAUCUACAACGCACGCACUAAACUUCGCAUGGCCGAGCAAGUAGGCAAUUCUCCAAUGCAGGUUCUCAUGGCUCUUUUGCAUUCUAAUAAUUAUGUUUAUGAAUUUUCUACAACUGCUUCGAAUGAACUAGAAAAUCUAUUCUUUGUGCAUCAAACAUCAUUCACUAUUUGGCGUGCAUUUCCACAUGUGUUGAUUAUCGAUGCCACGUACAAGACCAACUAUUACAAUUUGACUUUUGUGGAGAUUGUUGGUGUAACGUCGACCAACAAGACAUUUUCGAUAGCUUUUGCAUUUAUACAAAAUGAAAGGACAGCUAACUAUACAUGGGUCUUAAAUUGUCUUAAGUUGACUUUAGACUGUUGCAUGCACCCACGUGUUAUAGUUACUGACAGAGAGUUGGCUCUAUCUCAACAUACGGCGAUCAAAGCAAGCUUCGAAAAAAGCAGAAUUGUCCGCUAUCAGAAGCACAAUCUACGAUGUUUCAAACUGUUGCAUGGUUUUGUUUCCAAUGAAGCUCUCAAUAAGAUUCUUACGAACUAUCAUCAAGUAGACCCUUCAAAUUGUGAUUGUCGACUUCGCAACAGUUGUGGGUUACCAUGUUCUUGUGAACUUUCGAAGUACAUAAAUUCAGGUCAAUGUAUUUCAUUGGAUUCGAUUGACAUCUUUUGGAGAAAGUUAGAUUUUUUACCGGCAACAUCUGUGGAAGAUGAUGAUGUUAGUUGUGGGAGUGUACUGGAACAUUUAAAAGAAAACUACAACAAGCAAUCCAAAGUUGGAAGAAAGAGCUGGUUAAGAAAGUUGAAGAAUAUAUUCAGUCCAAGUACAACCGACAUUCGGGAACCUUCUUCAACCAUUCCCGAUUAUGUCAAUUCGGGUUAUGAGCCGGCCAAACAUAGCUGUUUCGAAUUUGACCUAAAUGAGGUCCCAACUGAUAAGUGUUUCGAAUUUGACCUAAUUGAGGUCCCAGCUGACAGCUGUUUCGAAUUUGACGAAGGCCCACCCAUGAGUGGUUCAAAUUUAAUGGAUGAUAUUCUGGAAGUCUUUCAUUCAAGCCAACCAUUCUUUCAAGAUCCUUUUAUGAGCCAAAGUCAACACCAGAAUGCAUACUAUCCGGAUUCAUAUGUGUAUACAACCGAAACCCACAAUCCACAUCCAUAUAUGUACCACAAUCCAGAUCCAUAUAUGUAUACACCCGAAACCCAAAAUCCAGAUCCAAGUAUGAACGAUAAAGAUUAUUUAAUUGAUCAGGGAUUCGAAGAUUUUAUUCCGUAUAUCACACAUGUUCAGAAUGUACUAGGUGAUGGAAACUGUGGAUUUAGAGCGACGGCUGUUUGCAUUGGGCGUCAUCAAGAUGAUUGGCGUCAAAUUCGUAUGGAUUUAUUGGAUGAGUUAUCUGUGCAUAAUGCAAGAUACACUGCAAUUUUUAACUAA